AUGGCAAAGUGGAUGAUUUUAUCUGUUUUGCUGGUAGCCGGCAGCGUGUGUUAUGGCAAGCCCACAUUUGGCAAGGAACAUGUGCACAUUAGAAUACAUUUACCGGAAUCUGGUGGCGGUGAUCAUGGUGGCCAUAUUGAGCAUCAUGAUCAUGGUCACGGAGGUGGUCAUGGUGAUGUGAUUGGUCCUUUGCAUGGUGGUCUGUUAGGAGGUGGCGGCUUCAGUCAUGGUGGCGGUCAUGGUGGUGGUGCUGAACACACUGUUAUCAUUCAAGAUGCUGGUGGUCAUGGUGGCGGCCAUGGUGGUGGCCAUGGAGGUGGUUUCGGUGGUCAUGGCGGCGGUGGCGGUCAUGGUGGUCAUGAAACUGUAAUCAUUGCUGAGGGCGGCGGUCAUGGUGGCGGCCAUGGUGGUGGUCAUGGCGGUGGUCAUGGCGGUGGCUUCGGAGGUUAUAGUGCUGGAGGUCAUGGCGGUGGCGGCGGUGGUCAUGGUGGUCAUGAAACUGUUAUUAUUGCUGAUGCUGGCGGUCAUAGCGGCGGUGGUCAUGGUGGUGGAUUCGGUGGCUCUGGAGGUUAUAGCUCUGGUGGUCAUGGAGGCGGCGGUCAUGGUGGUCACGAAACUGUUAUUGUUGCUGAAGCUGGCGGUCAUAGCAGCGGUGGUCAUGGUGGUGGAUUCGGUGGCUCUGGAGGUUAUAGCUCUGGUGGUCAUGGCGGCGGCGGUCAUGGUGGUCACGAAACUGUUAUUGUUGCUGAAGCUGGCGGUCAUAGCGGCGGUGGAUUCGGUGGCUCCGGAGGCUAUAGCUCUGGAGGUCAUGGAGGUGGCGGCGGCGGUCAUGGUGGUCACGAAACUGUUAUUGUUGCUGAUGCUGGCGGUCACGGUGGUGGUCAUGGCGGUGGUUAUGGCGGUUCCGGAGGUUAUAGCGCUGGCGGUCAUGGCGGUUCAUCCGAACACACUGUUAUCAUUCAAGAUGCUGGCGGUCACAGCAGUGGUGGUCAUGGUUCUCAUGGAGGUUUCGGUGGCGGUCAUAGCUCUGGCGGCGGCGGAGGUGGUCAUGUUAAUACCUAUGCCGUUAUUCAAGAAAGUGCCGGUGGUCAUGGUGGUUACAGCUCUGGUGGCGGUCAUGGUGGCGGCUACUCUUAUGGCGGCAGCUCAGGAGGCGGUUAUAGUUCAGGUGGUCAUGGUAGUUCUCAUUCCGCAGCUAAUAUUGCUGCUAUUGCUGCUACUUCCGGUAGUUCCGGUUCCCACAGCUAUUCAUCCGGCGGUGGCUACUCUGCUGGUGGUGGACAUGAUGAUUCCGCUAAAAUUGCUGCCAUAGCUGCUGCUUCUUCCUCGUCGUCUUCGGGUCAUGGUGGCUACUCUUCAGGAGGUGGUUACUCUUCCGGAGGCGGUUACUCUUCAGGAGGUCAUGAUGACUCUGCUAAAAUUGCUGCCAUAGCUGCUGCUUCCUCAUCUUCCGGCCAUGGUGGCUAUUCCUCCGGCGGUGGUUACUCUUCCGGCGGUAGUGGUGGCAGCUACUCUUAUGGCGGUGGUCAUGAUGACUCUGCCAAAAUUGCUGCUAUUGCUGCCUCUACCUCUUCUUCUCACGGCAGUUCGGGUGGUUAUAGCUCCGGUGGUGGCUACUCCUCAGGCGGUGGCUACUCAGCUUCCGGUCAUGAUGACAGCAUUAAACUAGCUGCUUUGGCUGCUGCCACCUCUGGUGGUAGUUCUCAUGGUGGUUCUUCCGGUGGUGGCGGCGGCGGUUACAGUUAUACUCCCUCCGCCAGCUCCGGCUGGUCUUCAGGCGGUGGUUCCUCUUAUGGUACUAGCGGUGGCUGGUCGGUUUCAGGUGGUGGUGGCUGGUAAUUUCAAGUCAACCUCAUACCAUCUUAAGUCUAGUCCAUUUUUCUACCACUCUUAAACACACACACAAACACACAAAUUCUUUUACAAUGAUCAUUCCUCAUGUUCAUCAUUACUUUUUAUUUAUGACAUGUUAGAACUUCUUAAUUUAUAAAACAUUUUCUUAUUAUUGUUAUUUUAUUAUUAUUUGUUUUUUAUUUUAUUACAAUUUUAUUUUAUCUAUUGUAAAUAUUUAUGAACAAUUAAAAAUUAUUUUUUAUACAUAUAUAAAACAAA